AUGGCGCAGUCAGUCGUUAGUCGGGCAUACAGCUAUGUCCUCGACAUUCUCACCGGGCGCCACCCGCUGUCCUUCCUCCUGCCCAUUGGCCUGUGGCUCAUGGACGCGGUGCUAACGUGCAUGGUUAUCUGGAAAGUUCCAUAUACCGAAAUCGAUUGGGUCGCUUAUAUGCAGCAAGUUGCCCAAUUCGUAGGCGGCGAGCGUGACUACACCAAGAUCAAAGGCGACACCGGACCCCUCGUGUAUCCCGCGGCACACGUCUACACAUAUACUGGCCUAUACUAUGCUACCGACAAGGGCGCGGAUAUCCUCUUUGCGCAGCAAAUCUUUGCCGCCAUCUACAUGCUGACGCUGACAGUGGUGAUGCUGUGCUACUGGAAGGCCAAGGUGCCGCCAUAUGUGUUCCCGUUGCUUGUCAUCUCCAAGCGUCUGCAUAGCAUCUACGUGCUGCGUUGCUUCAACGAUGGCAUCGCUGCGCUCUUUUUCUGGAUUGCCAUCUUCUUCUUCCAGCGCAAGCAGUGGUCUAUUGGCGCCCUAGCCUACUCGUGGGGCCUCGGAAUCAAGAUGUCCCUGUUGCUCGUUCUGCCUGCCGUCGGCAUCGUCCUGUUCUUGGGACGUGGAUUCAAUGGCUCUCUACGACUCGCGUGGCUCAUGGUCCAGCUGCAGCUCAUCAUCUCUCUCCCCUUUAUCGGCGAGAAUUGGCGUGGCUACUUGGCCCGGGCCUUUGAGCUCUCGCGCCAAUUCAAGUAUGAGUGGACGGUCAACUGGCGCAUGUUGAGUGAGGAGACGUUUCUUAGCAAGGAUUUUGCAGUGGCAUUGCUCGGUGCGCAUGCUACGGUUCUAUUCAUUUUUAUCGUCGCUAGGUGGCUACCGCCCUCAGGAUACUCCCUUGGAGCGCUUCUCCCCGCCUUCCUCCGUGGCAAGUCGCCCCUCACCGAACAGGAAGAGCUGGCUGUGUCUCGCAAGGUGACGCCCGAGUUUGUCAUGACAACUAUUCUCUCAGCAAACCUAGUAGGCUUGCUCUUUGCCCGCUCCCUGCACUACCAAUUCUACGCAUAUCUGGCGUGGACUACGCCGUACCUCCUCUGGCGCGCCUCCUCCAACCCAGUUGUCGCGUUCCCUUUGUGGUUUAUCCAAGAGUGGGCUUGGAACGUGUUUCCCAGUACGGAUAUCAGCUCAACGGCCGCAGUCAAUGUCAUGGCCGUGACAUUGGUACUGGUGUAUUUCGGUACGGCAGACGCAGAGCCAUCAAAGGAAGAGGUUGCGGCCAAGGAGGCCAAGGAAAAGUAA